CGCGGCCGGCCGCCCGCCAGAGCCGGGCCGGUCAUGCCGAGUCGGCGCGCUCCCAGAUGGGUUCGUCGAAGGCUCCGUCGGCGCACGUGGCCCGGCCCGUCAGCCGGGUGGACGGCGUGCCACAGAUCCGGCCCCGCAAGCCCUGCAACUGCACCAAGAGCCAGUGCCUCAAGCUCUACUGCGACUGCUUCGCGUCCGGCGAGUUCUGCAACAACUGCAACUGCACCAACUGCUACAACUCGCUGGAUCACGAGGAGGAGCGGCAGCGGGCCAUCCGCUCCUGCCUCGACCGCAACCCGUACGCGUUCAAACCCAAAAUCGGCAAGUCGGACAACGAGACGAGGAAGCACCAGAAGGGCUGCAACUGCAAGAAGAGCGGCUGCCUGAAGAACUACUGCGAGUGUUACGAGGCGAAGAUCUUCUGCUCGUCGCAGUGCAAGUGCAUGGGCUGCAAGAACCACGAGUCGGCCGGCAGCCGUCCCUCGCGCAGCGGAACCGGCGUGGCCGGCCCUCUGGAGGACAGCCUGACGCUGGCGACCGGCGAGACGGGCCCCGGCCGCGGCCGGCGCGCAGGCGCGCUCAAGGUGGCCACCGUUCCCGUGGCGGACCGGGCGCCGUUGGUGCGCGUCACGCAGGACGUCAUCGACGCCACGCUCAUGUGCCUGAUGACGGAGGCGGCCGAGGGCGGCUCGGCGCCAGACGCCGAGCGGCGUGUGCUGAAUGAGUUCGGCCGCUGCAUAUCAGAGAUUAUCGACUACGGCGCCAGGAAAGGUGACGGUCUGGGCGGUCUGGUCUGAUGGUGGGCGCCGGGUCAGCUGACCGGUGACACGGCCCGCGGUCGGCGGUGGCGCCCCCGCCUCCGCCCUCAUCCCUGGCGGCGCCAGGCGACUCCAGCCAGGCGGCCCCGGCGGGUCCGCCAGUGCGCCAGGAAGUGGCCGCCGCCUCGACUGAUGCUGUGCGCAGCGAGCUCGGAGCUACACUGCUACGGAGCGGGUACGCGGCUGCACUGCGAUGGAGCGGGUACGCCGUCACGCUGCCACGGAGCGGGUACGCAGCCACGCUGCCACGGAGCGGGUACGCAGCCACGCUGCUACUACAAAGGUGUUCUGCUGCUGACGGCCGCGGCGAGGCAGGGAGCGGCUCGGACCCGUCGGCGGACGAGGCGGCGCAGGGUGUGCGCAGCUCGUGGCGACAUCUGCUGGUGGAGCGGCGCUGGGAACGUCACCCCCAGCCCGGCUCGACGCCAUCUGGCGAUGGAGGGACGCGGCGAGCGACAGGAGCUCGGGCGGCCGGACAGCGGCUGCGGAUGCAGCCGUGCGCGCCCCGGCCGGCGUCGGUCGGGCGACACUCGCAGUCAUCCUCUGCGCCGCCGCCCCCGGUCGGGCGACACCUGCAGUCAUCCACCGCGCCGCCGCCCCACUGAGCGGCGGCGCGCCUCACCAGGAACCGGCGCCACCUGUACGUCCGCCGACCUGGCUGGCGUGUGGCCGAAGCACACUCGAGCUGAUGUACCGAGGGGCGUCCGAGGCUGGCCCCACGGCGCUGCAAAGCAGGCGGAGUUGGGACGUGCCGCCGGUUGUUGCCGUUUGUUUAUAACGGCGGUCGGCGCACGGCGUGGGUUUUGUAAUGUUUUUGCGUGUACAAAUGGGUAUUAUCGACGUGGGUUGAUAUCUUCACAGUGUUGCGGUUGGCGGGCCCCGGUAGCCUCCCGUGAUAAUUUUAUUAAAAUGUCGAAGUUUUAACGGAAACGUGCGUUAAAUGCUGCUCGGUACGAUGUUACUUGAGUUCUAUUGCAUGCAUUUAAUUUGUGUUUUAUAACGUGUCCAGCCUGACUCCAAAAGAGGGAAAUACAACCGGGCUUGUGCCGGUUCCACACAGACUGGAACUCGAGUCUGCUGUGCGAUUUUAAAAAGCGUUCUCUGUGUGGUGUCACCUGAUUUUGUGGUGGCUUUUAUAGUUUGUUUUCUCGCCGCAAACAUAAACUGAAUCAAUAAACCAUUUCCAUUGCCGA